AAUAAAUUAAAUGCAAGUUUUCACUCGUGUCAAUAUGCUCAGUUGAAAUAACAUAGCUUAUGUAGAUAGAUUUUCUAGACAAGUCUUAUCUAAGCGAUACACUAUUUGUAGAACUGCAAAAUUAAAAAUCGUUACACACUGAAUAGUUUCAGUAAUUUUAAUGCGAAUUUUAUUUUCGCGAACUCCUACUUGAUUGAUCUGAAAACAAAAUUUCAGCCUUGACAAUCGCGAUAAGACUGAAUUAUUUUGAACCAUGAAGACAGGAUUUAUGAAAGAAAUUAAUGAAAUAAAUUAUAUAAAUUAAAAUUGAAUAAUCAAUAUCACAGCUAUCAAUCGCAAAUCCAAUAGAGUAUAUAUUAGCCAUGAUAAGAAGAACAAACACUAUGUUAAUCAGACGCUAACCAGUAUAAAAAGCCGUUUGCACAAAUGACAUUCGUCUCCUAUAUUUUAGAAGAGAUACUACCGUCUUCAGGAAGGAACUGAUUCCUCUCUUAAAUUUCAUUCGUAAUGAAGGGUUUUUAUUUGCUGAUCGUUGCCGCGACAGUGGCACAGGCUAUCGCCGAUGAAUAUGCGGAUUUGAACAUAACGUGCAUAGAGGACUACUCGAGUUGUCCACAGGAAGAAAACGAGGAUUCAAUCGCGAUUCACUUGCCCGACCCCGAUAACUGUCAUCAAUUUUAUAAAUGCCAGCACGGUGGCGCGUGUAUAUUCCCUUGCCCGACGUACAAUAAUGGGACGAAGCAAUUGGUGUUCGACCCGGUCCUUCAAGUCUGCGAUUUUCAAUUCAACGUAAAAUUGCCAAAUUGCACGGCUGAGGUGACACCUACGACCUCGGAGGAGCCGUCUACAGGCGCAUCGCAGUCAUCUACGCCUACUGUAGCAGUAUCUGCAAGCUCGACUAACAAUAAAUUGUCGACUACACACGGAACUACAGCAUCAACAACAAGCGGAACUGCAGCAUCAUCAACAAGCGGAACUGCAGCAUCAUCAACAAGCGGGACUCCAGUAUCAUCAACAGACGUAAUUACAGAACCAGCAACAGAAGGAACUACAGAGCCAACUACAUUCUUAACUACGCUUACAACGCCUGGGGCUGUGCCCAAAUCUUGCCAGCCCAGCUACGCGUGCCCGAAGGUCGGUCUUCUACACGUGAAGCAUGAGACCGAUUGCAAUUACUUUUAUCGUUGCAAAAACGGAACUAAGAAGCUGACCAAGUGCCCGAUAAACUUAGUCUUCAAUUGUAACAUUCAAGCCUGCGACUUCCCAAAGAAUUACAGUUGUAAAACGACUCGUGCUGUAGAGGCCUAAUAGAAACAGAGGCUUCUCCUUAUACCCCUUAGCGUUCGAGUGAACAAAGUCACUGCUUUCUCGUAAAAUCAUGUUUCUUUAAAUUAAUAAUCCCAAUUUAAUUCAUUAAAUUAUUUCCUUACUAAUCUGUUGACAAGCUGUUACCACACACACUUUAAUGAUUCAAUAAAAUGUUUAAAAUGUAUGUAUUUAUUACUCUACAAAAUUGGUAACUC